GGCCCUUGUCUUCUGUUGUUACAUUUGGUGUCGCUGCCUACCGACAAAUGAAAAGCCUAUACCCUGCAGUUUUUGAUGGAGACAUAUGGAUCUUCGGGCAGGACUUCAAGGCUUCUGCGCAGUUGAGUGGCGUUCAAGAUCUGUCAGCGAUGGAGCUGCUACUUGAGACGCUGCUGGGAGGUCGGGCGAAAGCAGCAUAUGAAGGUGUGGGCCGAAGUAUGGACGAAUGUUCGACAGGGUCAGGCAAACAGUUUCCAAAGUGGGAAGGACCAUAUAUGGUCACUUCGAGAUGGGGUUACGCAGACACAGUCGCAAUGGCGAACAAUGAGAGGCGCGUGAACGUCAGCGAGCUCCAGAAAUGGAUACAGUGAGACAAGCCAACGAUGACGCCUGCACCAAGUAGAUCAAGCCGACUUCAGUCGCACGUAUUUGACGGGGGGACGAGUGUGGUGAGAGCAGGCUGCUAGCCGAUUGGUUGGCACUAAUCUACGUUAAGGUCUAGGUCACUAAUAUGGGCCGUGAGAAAAUAUGAACAAGCCUGAGUCAACAACCAAUCACAGCAAAGUUAACGUGGCA